ACGAGCAGCGCCUGUCCAGCCCUCUGCACAGCAACAAACGCGUUUUCAGCGGCAGGAGGGAAAACAGGAGAGGGAAAGAAAUAACUUUAACAUGUAGUUUUGUCAACACAGACCUCGGUAAAGUUACGAGUUUGUGGAUAAGACGGUUUUAAAAAGGAAAAACGUCCCGUCGCAUCCAGAUUUUCUCAGCAGACUUUACAGAACAGAGCAGCUAUCCCGACGGUCCGCUCCACGUACAUGUCUGGGAGAACAGAGGGACGAGGAAAGAAUGAAGAUCUGCUCACCGAUGUGAGUCCGUGGGAUGCUCGACGGGCCCAUACCCCAUGCUUCUCUAAGGCCUCCAGAAGUUAAAGACAGGGUGUCAUUGACAGAGCGAGUGACCCCUCUGAGCUGCCACCAUGGCCCUGGUUCAGGCUCUGCCCAUAUCUGCUGAGCCCCACAACCCCGGCCUCAGUGGAGGAGCCCGUAGACGACACACCUCUGGCCCUUCACCCCCCAUCAACGCACCACCACCCUCCACUCUGGAUCCUAUGGGCUCUGUCAGCAGCCUCAUAGCCGCCCGCCCCGGCCCUUACCAGGACCACCGCUCUGGUGUUGAACUGGGAGCAAGACUCCGACGACCCACACCAGGCGCUUCCUGCCUGGGCAGCGAGUCCCCCCAGGACCCUUUGCUGCAGAACAUCCCACCACUCAAGAAACAGAGCUCCACAACAUCCAGCAGGGGGCUGGAGAAGGAGAGUGGGAAUGGGAACUACACCUAUCUGAAUGAGGACUUUAUAGGUGACUGGAAUGAGAACCAUGUUACACCCGCCAGCCCAGGGAGUGACGCAGAUGAGACUAAAGAAGGAUCAGGGCUGAAUGGGAAUAUGGGGGGACCUCCUCCAAAACUGAUCCCUGUGUCAGGAAAACUUGAGAAGAACAUGGAGAAAACAGUGCUGCGGCCCACUGCCUUCAAACCGGUCAUUCCGAAGAGCCGCACCUCCAUGCAAUACCUCUCCCCUCGCCAUUGUGCCAACGCAUCAGAAAGCCAAAACAACCUAAACUUGCUCAGCCCCUCCCACAGAGAGGUGUCGCCCUCCUGCUCUGAGAAACGCAGCUCAUACGGCGGGGCCCGCAACAGUGGUGGCGGUGGCGGUGGUAGCAGCCAGUCCUGCUCCCUGUCCGACUCUGGACGUAACUCCCUCUCCAGCCUGCCACCUUACAGCGCUGCCAGCUACAGCCUGGCAUCAGGAGAGGCCCCUGGUGGCCACCUGGAGCCCAUGAAGAGCGCUCCACCGGUCACUGCACAUGGACACUCCAACUCAGACAGCGGUCGCUCAUCCUCCAGUAAGAGCACAGGCUCCGGGUCGAUAAGUGGCCGGGGGCAGCCUCUAUCUGACAGCGGGUCCAGUGGGCGCUCCCCCGGCCCUGUGGAGGGUUAUGAAGGGGUGGUGAGGGACCUGGAGGACAAACUUAGGGAGAGAGAGCUGGAGCUGCAGCAACUAAGAGACAACCUGGAUGAUAACGAAGCUGCAAUUUGUCAGGUUUAUGAGGAGAAGCAGAAGCGCUUUGAACUGGAGCUGGAGGAGCUGAGGCAGAGCUGUGCCACCAGGAUGCAGGUAGCCUCCCAGAAAGCGCAGCGCGCCCAGCAGGUGCUUCAGUUGCAGGUUUAUCAGCUGCAGCAGGAGAAGAAGAAGCUGCAGGAGGACUUUGCUCAGCUCCUGAAGGAGAGGGAGCAGCUCGAGGAGCGCUGCACCUCCUAUGAGCAUGAGAAGAUCCAGCUGGGGCCUCGGCUGGAGGAAACUAAGUGGGAGGUCUGUCAGAAGUCAGGGGAAAUCUCAUUGCUGAAGCAGCAGCUGAAAGAGGUGCAGGGAGAGUUGGCUCAGCGUGUGGGGGAGAUCGUGUCACUGCGGGGUCAACUUAGAGAGGCUCGUGGUGAGCUGACAAACACCCAGGUCCUGCUCCAAGAAGCUCACGGCGUAACCCGCACACGAACCCUGGAGCUGGAGGUGUGCGAGAACGAGCUUCAGCGCCGCAAGAGCGAAGUGGAGCUGCUCAGAGAAAAGGUAGGACGCCUAGAGGGAGAGCUGGCACAUCUCAGAGAUGCUUUGGCCAAUCAGGGCCCAGGAAAUAGACAGUGUCAGGUGUUCCAGGAAGCAGAGGAGCACCUGCUCGCUUAUGAAAGCGAUGAGGCGAAGGCCCAGCGGCAGAGCAGCAGCGAGGCCCUGCAGAACAUGAAGGUGCAGAUGGACAGGAUGAGGGCUGAGCUGGACUUUGAACGUCAGCGGGCCGAGCAGCAGACGGGAAGCUUCGAGGAGGAGCGCAGGAUAUGGCAGGAGGAGAAGGACAAAGUAAUCCGUUACCAGAAGCAGCUGCAGCAGAACUAUGUGCAGAUGUAUCGCAGGAACCGAGAGCUGGAGCAGCUCCUGCAGGAUCUCAGUCAGGAACUGGAGAGCAGAGAGGACGACGAGGGCAGCGGGAAUGAGAUAAACUUUGAUGAGAUCGCUGCCACAGAAAUUUGACCCUUGUGUCUCUGAUUCUUUUGAUUUGCACUACUGUCAGCUAAACCUUCUUUUCACCUACAUGUCACAGAUCUGGUCUCUUUGAAGAAAACCGUCUGCGGAGAUGACAAACAAGCAGACUGGUAUCACAAGUGUAAAGAAAAACACAUCUGCAGCCACACGUUAGUUCUGCCUCAUUGGUCUAUUCUCCACAGAGUCCCACUUAAAAAGCCAAUGACCUCUAUUAGUCGUUAGUAGGCCGCCUCAGUCCUCUCCCCUCUGUUAAUGUCUCCAUUAGUGUUUGCACUUACUAACUAACUAACUAGAUGUCAGCAUCCUGGCUCUCUUUCACAGUUUUAGGCCUUUGUGGGAGAUUGUUUGUGUAUGAGUAACUUCACCAACCUUUCACCAUCCUCCUCCUGUGUUAGUUAUGACUCCACCUCCCCUGCUGGGUUUAACACUACACUCCCACUCUGUGUUCACAGUCAGCUCUCAUUAGUACUGUUAAUUUAGAUGGAGCCCACGCUGUUGUCAAAUGACAGUGUACGUAGGAUACCACACAUUCAGCGUGUCAUGAAAGUGAGUGAAUCAAAUCGAGGUGUUAAUGACGAUGUGGAGAGAAUUAUGUUAUUGUCUUUUUUUUUUCUCCUCUCUCAGAACAACAAACGGCAGAUGUUUCCAAAAUAUGUCUAACUUACUCCUGAAGAAUUGGCAAGAUGACUUGUUAAGUUGGGACAAACACCAAAGACAAAAAACUAAUUUUACAACUAUAAAUGGCACAAAUUACAAGUUUCUGGACUCUAAUAUUAGGCCCAGUUUGAGGGAAGCAAAGUUCAAAUUGUACUCUCAUAUCCUGGACACUUUGCCCCAAAGAAAUACAGGGGGGUGGAAAUAUCAUCAUAAACAUCUGUACAGUCUAAUGUAAUUAAACACAACAACAUACCUGGAACAAAUAUUACCAUUACAUCUUACAUCCAGUGCACAUGUCAGCGUUUCUCUUGCGCAAACAGACACAUACACACGAUCUGAGUCGCCUUUAAAACAAGCUUCCUCAAACUCUCCUCAGAAGAUUGAUUACAGCACUUUUCUUUAAGUGUAGGAAGGGGUGGGCGAUACAGAUACAUUUCUAUAAUUGUAUACAGUGUUUUUAUAACGUCUACUGUUUAUUGUGAGAUAGUAAAUAUUGUGGAAAAUAAAAAGCACAAGUGUUACUAAUAACAUUAACGAUGGCUCCGAUCUACUCGAGUAACAGUGAGUCAGCAUGUACAAUAUGAGGGCUGUGUCCAAAAUCACUCCAUUUACUCUACAGAGCACUACAUUUACUGUGGUGUAUUCACACAAUGUCAGCAGAAUGGGAAGAGCAGGAAAAAACACCUGUUAUUCUGACUUGUUAGUGUUCACGCAUUACUCCAAGGUGUUGGCUCUAGUGUUAACAGUGAGGUCACACCAGAUAAACAGCCUAAAUUAGCUGCUUUUGUUGUGUUGUGUUACUUGUAGCAGUUCAUUACGAGGGAAACCAGAUACAAACAAACAAUAUGUCCCCAAUAAAAUUAGCUUAAUGUGUUUCCACUCUGGUUUUCUGUGCAAAUUGAAAACAGGUGGAUGGAAACACACCUAAUCACACAAAAUUAAGUUUUACAAGAGUCUGAAAUCUCAUUUUACUCCUUACUAUAGAGUAAACUACUGAGUGUCCUGAAAACAAAGCAGCUAAAUGAAAUUCAGCCAUCAUUAGUUAUAUUACUUACAUCUAUGCUUUUCCUACUGUGACAUGUUAAAAAUGUCAUCUGUGAUAAAGACCUAUUGAAAAAGGUUGUUUCCUUUUUCUGUAAAGUCAUGGGUGUGUUUGUUUUCUGGCCAAACAAUUUAAACACAAAAAAAUACAGUACUAAAUUACAUUAAUGCAGAAAUCACAGUGAUCUGUUAACCAUUAAAAUAUCUAUUUUAUUACAUUAGGAAAGGUAAAAUGUUUUGAGCCCAGAUUUGCUCUUCAUCAGGUACAGAGGUCUCUGACAAGAGCCUGUUUGGGCUUCGAAAUGUACUUUUCAUGACAUGAAGUAAAAAUUAUAAAAGGGAGUCAUGAACUACGUUUCCAAAAAGAUAUGCGUUUUGUACACCCACAUAAAGCUGUACCUCUUACCGAUUUACAGUCCACACUGGCCUCAUACACACACAGAUAUUAAAGGGUUAAUGACCACAGUAUAUAAACAGUAAGAUAAAGUCUGAUCUUUGACACUUGAUACUGUCUCAUGAUAUACAGUCUAACCUCAUUUCGCCCACUCCUAAUGUUUUAAUGUCAGUCCCGGCAAUAUGCUGCUUACAUAAGGCGAAAAACUAGUUAAAUUCAAUCUGUUUUCCCAGUUAAACAGAAAUAUACAUAGAAUGAAUACUGAAGCUCCCCCGCGUUGGCUCUUGUAUUUGCUAAUUAGAGAUCAUACUUCAGUACUACUCUGUCGAAGAGGUGGUAGGAGAUUGAUUACUGUGUGGGAGAUUUGUGUCUCGCAUCACCGAAAGAGGGAAAUCAUGCACUGGAUGAUGGGUUUUUUGGUGUAAAGUCAAACUACUUAGACCGUGACGUGACUGUUUUUCCACCAACCUUUAAAGUAGAGGAUCUGUUUCAUGUAUUUUCACUUCCCGACACUACAAGGGGACACUCUGUUCCUCUGUCACUGCUGAUUGAAUUAUAAUCCUCUGUAAAUAACCCUGAAAAAUCAGAAAGUGUACAGUCUUCUUGCAGACUAGUCUGUCCAUGUCAGAAAAAUACAAACAUAGCCACUGUGAAUAGACCAAAGCAAUGUCACACAUUAUAUUUUGCUCCUACAGUACAGAUACAGUUGCCUGUAUAUUAAUAUUUGUGUGGGUUUGUGUUCCGGUUCCUCAGUGUAAUUUUAUAAUCCACAAUAUUUGUAUGAAGACAUUAAAUGUAUAUUUUCAUGCUGUACAUUUCUUGAACAAACCUAUGUUUUUAAUUAAAAAAAGACUAAAUUUAA